GUGGCCUCCAACCGCCCGCUUUGUGUGUGUGUACUUGGACAUCGCUGUAGAACAUGGCUGCAGUGACGAAGAAGCUCGACUGGAGCGAAGAGACAGAUGCCUUUGAUCUUCCUCAAUUGACCCGCACAACGGAUGCUGAUGGGACUAUCACAGAGGUCUCUUACCGGGUAGAGGAUGGCAAGAAGUUGCGCACCACGCGAAAGAUCCGAAUCGUCCGUGCUCUUGAAAGAGUCAGUCAUGCUGAGGCGCAAAGGAAGCAGUGGAAGAAGUUUGGCGCAGAGAAGGGCAAGUCCGCUGGUCCACAGAGCGAUACGACGUCAGUCGGAGAAAACAUCAAGGUGAAGCUCACACAAGGCUAUUCGACCUACGCCGCGAAGCAAGCCGAGAUCGCUGCUGAAUCGGAAGAAAAGGCGCUCAAAAGCUCGCUCUCGUCUGCCUCAGUCAAGUGUCGAAUUUGCACGGGCGAUCACUACACAGCAAGAUGUCCGUACAAGGAGACUCUCAAACCGCUUGACGGCGGUGAUGUCGAUCCAGCGGCCAAGGUCAUGGAGGAGGUAGACAACGGUACCGGCGCCGGCUCUUCAAAUGGCAAAUAUGUUCCUGUCUUUAUGCGCGCUGGUAACAAGGGCACCGGUGAGACUAUGAAUGGUGUACGUGGACCAGGCGGACGUGAUGAACUACCGACCCUGCGCAUCACGAACUUGUCGGAAGACGCAGAAGAGGAGGAUCUCAAGGCACUCUUUGGUCGCCACGGAGCUGUUGCGCGUGUCUUCCUUGCACGCGAUAAAGACACACGACGCGUUAAAGGUUUUGCCUUUAUCUCAUUCUACGAUCGUGCAGACGCAGAAAAGGCACAGCAGAGGAUGGACGGCUUCGGAUACGACAAUCUGAUUCUCCACGUCGAGUUCACCAAGCCGCGUGACGAAUAGCCAUAGUACAGCCUAUCGCACACGAUGCAUAUUGCAGGUACCUUCGUCAUUGUUAUCUACUGAGCUUUUCGCCUUUCAUGACCAUCUCCAUCUCCUGCUUGUUGAGAAUCUCAUACUCAACAAGUGCUUUGGCGAGGCGCUCCAAUUCAACGGAAUACGUUGUCAAAAUCUUGUGAGCGCGCUCCUCCGCACUUGUAAUCAUACUCUUGAUCUCGGAUUCCACCAAGGCUUUUGUCGAGGGCGAAAGUGUUUCGAGAUUGUCACUCAAAGCAAUCGAGCCAACGGCUGAUGAAAAGCCAUGGGCCGUGACCAUUUCCUUGGCGAUAUUGGUUGCGUUUGUGAUGUCAGAGUGCGCACCGCUAGUGACAUUCUCCGGACCAUAGAUGAGCAACUCAGCAACGCGCCCUCCCAUGGACACAUCGAUCAUAGCUUGAUACUCCUUCUUUGAGCGAGAGUCUUUGUCCAUCUCCGGCAACAUCAU